AUGGUGGCCGUGUCUAUGAAACGAAGCCGGCUUCGGCAUCACAACAAGUCGGCGGCCCCGCGCAUCCGCAUCCUGCUCGCGCGCGUCUACCUGCAGACCUUUGACGUCAGCCACGUCGAAGAGCAUGAUGACACCGCUGUCGUCGUCGUCGCGGGCUCGGCGCGCAGGCUGCUCGAGGUCGACGACGAGAGGGCGCGGCGCGAGCGUCGAUGGCGGCACUGUACAAGGCUGCAUAUCGAGCAGCUGUAUCGAUUUGAGGAAGCAUAA